CUGAUUGAAAAAAAUCCUAACAUCAAAGCCUGGUGGUGAACGCAUUAUGCAAGAGUAUGGAAAAACCAAAUCUCUGACAGAUGCCACCAGAAGACAGAUGAUCAACAUACUUGCUGCUGAGAUGACAGAAACACAUGGGACAUCCCCCCCCAAAAGUGUCAGAGUGAUGUAUGCACAGGGGAUAGUAGCUUUGUUUCCCUAUCUAGAAGACCCAUACUCACAACAUGGAUAUGAUCAUUACUACGAUCCGGAGAGUGGUUCCGGAUACCUUGCAUGGCGAUUGAAGACCAUACAAAGAAAAACAGCAGAGGAAAGAGGUGCCUCAGUCAGCAAAUCUCCUAAAGUUGGUGGGCCAGGCCGUGAUCGUCAGCCCUUCACCUAUGACAGAGAGCCAUCUGAUGAGGAUGUGGAAGCAGCUAUUGCUGUUUUGAGACACUCUGCUGAUGAAAACACUGUCCGUGAGAAGAUGAAAAUGACCUUCAUAUAUCGGCAAGCAAUGGUCAACGAUGAAGCCAAAUCAUCAGAUGUCUUCUCGGUCUUCCCAAGAUUUCUGGACACACCAGGACUGAUAGAACAAGAUUUCAGACUUCUGUUUGGUGAGGCCACAGCCAACAAAUUCUUGGAGAAGUGGCCAACCACUUUCAAAGCAAAAGUAAUAAAGGAAAGCCAUGGACUUGUAUCCACCACAGAACUCUUGGAUUUGAUGCGCAAUGCUGAGUCAGCUGCUGAAGUUGAGAAUGGCUGGGACAGUGACAUGUCUGCCAUCUUGCUGCUGCUACAUUUGCUACCACCAUCUGCACAAGGUAGAAAGAGGCCGGGAAAGAUGUCUGCAUAUCAAGCUGUAGAUCAGCUCAUCAGAUUUCAAAAGGUUGGAACCAGUGUGCAGCAGCAUCUUGACAACAUCACCCAAAGCAGUCAGCCCUACCUUCUCGCCCAGGGAUCCACACAGAGCAGCAUUCACUCCUACUUCAUUGUGGUUGACAAGCAUGCUCUUCCAUGCAAGGCAACAGGUUCAGUAGGAGCUUUUGACGAAGUCUUUAAUGCCCAUUACGUAUUUGGUACGUCAUACAGUUCUUCCUUGAGCAGCUUUUUCACUUUUGUGCAAACAACCAUCUAUAACAUCGACAUGGGGGAAACAAAGGAGACUCCUAGAGUUGCUGAGUUGCGAGCAAGAAUGGUGCGUUAGUUGAGAUAAAACUAUGAAGUGUUUUCUUUGCAAAAGUGACCAUGGAAGUCCAAACAACCUUGUUAAGCACCUUAAGAUAAUUCAUGGGCUAUGUACAGGCAGGACUCUUUUUCUGAAAUGUGGUCAAGAAGGAUGCUCACGUUCUUUUGGUAGCUUUUCUGGUUUUAGAAAACAUCUUAACAAGUGCCACGGAGAAAGUUUAGUAGAUUCUAUAGAAGAUGAUCUUUCAGACCCUCAAAGUACCGUCAACACCAGUAAUAUUUCUCAUGUUGAAGUGUCGACUGAAUGUUUAGAGGCUGAGUCAGAGUUAUCUUCGCCAUACAUUGUAAAUAGUUGUGCAGCUGUUAUUUCUGAUCUAAAGGCAGCAGGUGUUGGUCAAAGUACAGUAAAUACUGUAGUGAUUUCCAUGGAAGAGAUUGUUCAAGAUAUUCAUCAGCAUGCUAAAGAAACAGUGAUAAAGCAUGUAUUUAGUAAUGAAAGAGAAACAGAAAUGUGCAAGAAAGUUGAGGCGUGUUUUGAGGGGUUAGAGAAUCCUUUCACAGUUCUAAAUUCGGAAUACAAGCGAUCAAAAUGUAUGACUGCCAAGUGGGAAAUAGUAGAACCAGUUGAAUGUGUGAUUGGUUCAAGAUUUGACACAAGACGAAAUAAAAAGACUGGAACAUAUGAUCAGGUAGUAGUUCAAGAUAAAUUCAUGUAUAUUCCAAUUUUAUCUACACUGCAGUCAAUAUUUAAAAGUCAGUAUUUUGCAGAAAUGUUGCAAAGCUCAGCUACCAGCAACUCUAGACUGAGAGAUAUUUGUGAUGGAUC